AUGUCGGGGAUCGAAACCGCAAAAUUCCACACGUCCAGUGUGCAGGCCGACGCCGAACGGCAUCGAUCGGGGCCCCUCAACUUGUUCAACGACGAUUCUGACGAUGAGGGAUCGGAGCCGGCCAGGGACGUGCGCUCGGGUCGCGGUGGAAGCUCGGCCGGACCAGAAUCUACAGGUGGACAGCCUGACAUCCCUCCAGACGGGUUCGUGACUUCACGUUUCAAACAUGUCAUGACCGACGAAGGCCAUUUGGUCAUCACAGGAAGGGAUGGGACGCUGCAGAGGUGCGAGGAUGAGCCGAUUCACGCGCCCGGUGCUGUCCAAGGGUUCGGCCUCAUGCUUGCCAUACGCGAAGAAACCGAUGGACGCUUCACUGUGCGAUAUGCAAGUGAGAACUCGAAGCGGAUCAUCGGCUACACGCCCCUCGAACUUUUCCGUCUCAACAACUUCACAGACAUUCUCACUGAGGAGCAAGCCGACAAUCUUCUGGACCACAUCGACUUCAUCCGGGAUGAGGACGCUGAUCCAGCCAUAAACGGCCCAGAGGUAUUCAGCAUGUCCAUACGACCACCGAAGAAAAGAUCUAUCAAGUUGUGGUGUGCAAUUCACGCUCACACAGCUCAUCCCGACCUGAUCAUAUGUGAAUUCGAGCUAGAUGAUGACCAUGAUUUCCCAUUGAGGCCAGACGAUGAGCGAACCCCAGACCUCCCAGCAGAUACACUUCGAUCAAACCCAACCAUGGACGAGCUCACGGAGAGUACCGAGAUUUCGAGCAAGCCGCUGAGAGUUCUGAGGAGUGCCCGCAAGCGAAGAGGCGAAGCCGGCGCCAUGCAGGUCUUCGACAUCAUGUCCCAGGUACAGGAGCAGCUUGCCUCUGCGACAAAUCUCGAUCGCUUCCUGAAGAUCCUAGUGGGAAUAGUCAAGGAGUUGACCGGCUUCCAUCGGGUCAUGAUAUAUCAGUUCGAUGCAUCGUUCAACGGGAAAGUGGUAACGGAACUCGUUGACCCUAUACAUACGAAGGACCUCUACAAGGGCCUUCACUUCCCUGCAUCAGAUAUCCCCAAGCAGGCGCGGGAUCUCUACAAGCUCAACAAGGUGCGACUUCUCUACGAUCGGGAUCAGGAGACCGCAAGACUUGUCUGCCGCUCAAAAGAGGAUCUAGAUAUCCCUCUGGAUAUGACGCAUUCCUAUCUCCGAGCCAUGUCACCAAUCCAUAUCAAGUAUCUCGGGAACAUGGCGGUACGCUCGUCCAUGUCAAUAUCAAUCAACGCCUUCAACGAACUCUGGGGGCUUAUUGCUUGCCACUCAUACGGAGCAAAGGGCAUGCGUGUAUCGUUCCCUAUCAGGAAGAUGUGCCGGCUUGUUGGCGACACUGUCUCAAGGAACAUUGAGCGACUUUCAUACGCAUCGAGGCUUCAGGCUCGCAAACUCAUCAACACUGUACCCACAGACAAGAACCCUUCGGGCUACAUUAUCGCAUCGUCCGACGACUUGCUAAAAUUAUUCGACGCGGAUUUCGGCAUGCUAUCUAUAAAGGGGGAAACCAAGUUCAUGGGCAAGGUCGAUCACUCGCAAGAGGCUCUCGCUAUGCUCGAGUACCUCAGAGUGCGCAAGUUCAGCUCCGUCUUGACCACGCAGGAUGUCAAGGUGGAUUUCCCAGAUUUGCACUAUCCUCCAGGCUUCCAUUUUAUUGCGGGGCUCUUGUAUGUUCCGCUCAGCGUUGGUGGCAGUGACUUCAUUGUCUUCUUCAGAAAGGGCCAGGUACGGGAGGUGAAGUGGGCAGGCAACCCGUAUGAAAAAGUCAUCCAGGAGGGAACCCAGAACUAUCUCGAGCCUAGGAAGAGCUUCCAAGUGUGGCACGAGACCAUUCUUGGCAAAUGCCGCGAGUGGUCCGAGGAGCAGAUCGAGACCGCAGCGGUUUUGUGCCUUGUCUACGGAAAAUUCAUCGAAGUCUGGAGACAAAAGGAGGCCGCCCUUCAAAACAGCCGGCUUACAAAACUCUUACUGGCAAACUCCGCGCACGAGGUGCGCACACCCCUCAAUGCUAUCAUCAAUUAUCUUGAAAUAGCUCUCGAGGGUAGUCUGGACCAGGAGACCAGAGACAACCUAGCCAGGUCACAUUCCGCCUCGAAGUCACUCAUUUACGUCAUCAAUGAUCUUCUCGAUCUCACUCAGACGGAAGAAGGCAACAACCUCGUCAAGGACGAGAUUUUCGAUUUCGUCGCAUGUGUUAGAGAGGCGACAGAUCCCUUCAAAAAUGACGCAAAGAGAAAGGGUAUCGAUUAUGAAGUGGUUGAGCACCCAGGUUUGCCGAAGUACGUGUGUGGCGACCAGAGGAGACUUCGCCAAGCCGUGUCCAAUGUGACCGCCAAUGCAGUACAGCACACGUCCGAGGGGUACGUCAAGAUCGAGGUAUACUCUGCUGAGGUUCAAGACACCAAAGUACGCGUGGAAAUCAUCGUACAAGACACAGGGCGUGGGAUGAGUGACUCCCAGCUGGAUGCACUAUUUCGCGAGUUGGAACAGGUAUCGACUGAGGAAGUAAACCUCUCGGAAGAGGAACCGGAGACAGCUAAGGACAAGCCGGAAACACUAGGUCUGGGACUCGCGGUAGUGGCUCGCAUUGUUCGAAAUAUGGAUGGGCAGCUGCGUCUGAAAUCUGAGGCCGGGAAAGGGUCCCGAUUCGUUAUCCAACUUCCGUUUGAGAUGCCACCGAACGAUUCGCCGAUGGCACAGGAUGACGGAUUACCUGGUUCGAACUCUGUUACGGGAUCAGCCGCUUCUGUGUCGACAACACGUCCGCCUGCCCGGGAAGGCGAAGUGAUGCUCGUUGAUCGUGGGAGCACAAGUCUUCACAAACAAUCGCUGACGGUCAAAAGGAGCUUCGACAAUGAUAACAUGAGCCUCGAUAGUCACAGGACUGGAACGAGUCGGGGUAGUGCACAGAGCUCCAAGAGUGACGCGGAAAGGCUCAUCGACGCCAUCCAGACACCCUUAGGGAUCGGAGAGCCGGAGCCGGAAACGACCAGUGUACAACGACGGAAUUCGAAAGGGGCUUACCACAGUGGCAGUCCCCGGCACAUUGCAUCACGUUCCAUGAGCCCGACCCGGCCCUUUGGCCGGCCCAGGAGCCUGCAAAGAUCGGUUUCGUCGCCAGACAAGAACACGGAGCAAGAGGUCUCAGCCAAUGUCGACACGCCUGAUGCCCCAGUCGGGCUCGACUACAUCACCGACAUGAAAACACCAAUCCGACCUGUCAAGAUACCCGACGAGUACCACGACCAACCUGAAGCGCCGGCGCAGCCCAGUGAGACCUCAGGCGUCUUGUUUGAGCUCGCGGACGAGGCGCCACCCGCCAAGGCGAAGGCCAAAUCUGGUGCAACCACCAUUGAUGGCAAUGUUCACAAGGCAGGCAAGCCCGAGUCAGCCAAACUACGGGUAUUGGUGGCAGAAGAUGACCCCAUCAAUAUGAAGAUACUACGCAAGCGAUUGGAGAAGGCUGGCCAUACCGUACACCACACGGUGAAUGGCGAAGACUGCGCUGCAGCUUACAAGGAAAGAGCUGAUGACUUCGACGUGGUUCUCAUGGAUAUGCAGAUGCCUCUCAUGGACGGCCUCACAGCGACCAAGACGAUAAGGGAGAUCGAACACUCGGGGUUUGACGGCUGGAUCUUGAAACCCAUUGAUUUCAAAAGGCUCGAGGCCCUUUUAUUUGGCAUAAUCGACGAUCAGACACGAAAUGAUUCCGUGUAUGUGGCUGGCGAGUGGGAACGAGGCGGUUGGUUUAGGAAGAGGCUGGAGCUGCCCUCGCAGGACAAGGCAAAGGACGCUCCUCCUCUCCGAGAAGUUGAGCUGCAUGGCAAUGAGAUCAACGCCGCCAGGGACAGCAUGUCUUGA